UGAACAUCAGCUCCUCUUGCUCUGUAAUGUAUUAUUUUCCUACCUUAAAGGCUCCGAUACGCUGUCAUACGUGUUGAUGUUAGAUGUGUGUGUGUUUGUUUCGUUGACCCUCCCCUCCCUCCAGCCAUGUACUCGGUGGAGAUUAAAGUAGAGCGGGACAAAGUGACGGGGGAAACACGGGUCCUCUCCUCUAACACCACACUUCCUGUUGACCUCUCUCACCACGGGGUCAAAGUGUACGAGGACGAGCGGAAAGUGGUCCACGAGAUGAACGGAGAUGACGGCGUCCAGCUGCUCAGCUUCUCCCAGGUGGAGGAGCUCAUCUUUAAAGCAGACGAGGCCUCGGUGGUCUCUCACACCGGAGACACCGUGACCUCCCUCCCCACCGCGGAGGUCCAGGAGGAGGAGGAGGAGAAAAAGGAGGAGAAAGAGGAGGAGAAAGAGGAGGAGGAGGUCCAGGAGCCUGUGGAGAUCCCAGGGGUGGAGGCACAACCGAUUGUCGAGCUAAACGUGGAGGAGGCGAGCGCGGAAAACCCGGUCACGAUGGUGUUCAUGGGGUACCAGAGCGUGGAGGAUGAAGACGAGACGAAGAAGGUUUUGGGCGUUCAGGGCAGCGUGAAGGCCGAGCUGGUGCUCAUCGACGACGGGAAAACAUCACCAGACGAAGCCAAAACACCGACCCUCCCUCCGCCUGCUUCGCCCAAACCGAAAUCUGCCUCCCCCGCGCAAACGCCCGUCUUCACCGACUUGCCGCCCGCUAAUAAACCCCAAGAGGAGGCCGCCAUGACGCCGAGUAACGGGGGAACGCCGAGUGAGGUGCAGGAGAUUAAAAAGGAGAAGCAGCCGUGUAAGUGCUGCAGCAUCAUGUGAUCCUGCAGGAGGCGUCCAUAUUAUAAUCUGGGACAAAAAACUACAAAAACUAAACUCCACCCACUGCCUCAGCCUAACAACAUGACUUCAUUUCCUGCUGUUUUAUAAAACCUUUCUUUACUUUUUCUAUUUCCUUGAAGCCUUUUUACUUUUUUACUCCUCAUGUUGAUUAGCUUAGCGUUAGCAUUAGCCAUGCAGUCAUGAGACCUGUACGACUAACCUCCUCCUCCUCCUCCUCCCCUCUCUCUCUCUCUCUCUCUCUCUCUUUAUAAGCUACAUCAUAUGAAAAAGUGAAUUAAUUUUAGACUUGUAUUUAUUUGAUUUUGUAUGUUUCUCCAGCAGAGUCACAUGAUUCUGUUUGUCGGAGAGUUUCAGCUUUGCUUUUGGUUUUAUAAACGAGAAAAUAAAGUGAGCUGACAGAU